AUGUCCAACUCCACCAUUGCUGCCACACUCGAAAAACUUGUUGAGAAACAAUCGGAAAUAAAAUCAACACUUUCCAAGUUGAAAGAAGAAUUAGAAAAUAUUCCCAACACAGACAAGAAUGCUUCAAAAAUUACUAAUUUACAACAACAAGUAGAUAAAACCGAAGAACGAUUAAAAAAGCUCGAUGAAGAAAUUUCUCAUUAUCGGUGGGAAAAUGCUAAAACUGGUAUUUUCAGCCUCAUCAUCAUGAUUGUAAUUAUUAUUGUGGUUUUAAUUGUUGGAGAUCAAUUAGGAUACUUUUCGUUACCUCAAUUAAUUGCAAGUGUAUUUGAAACAAAAGAAAAAGAUGUAAAUGAACAAAUCAGAGAAAUGAUGGCUAGGCAAAAGGAAGAGUUUGAGUAUGGCAUGAGAAAUUUAUAA